AUGGCAAACCUCGCCGUUGCCAUCUUGUUUGCAUCGCUCGGAGCCGUGGCUACUGCUCAAAAAACCUCCGCGCCGGCGGCAAUGCCAGCCUACCAAGGCUCCUACCCAAGCUACGCUAGUCCGCCGGUAGCCGAAAUGCCAGCCUAUCAAGGUUCCUAUCCAAGCCACAUUAGCUCCCCAGCUGCUAGCCCGAGCUACACCUUCCCGGCACCAAGCCCGCCAAGCAUGGCCGCACCUACUGCUAGUCCACCGAGCCCGACCCCUUCUCCGUCUGCGGGACGACGGAGGCUGCGUGUCGGCUUCUACAGGCGCUCGUGCCCACGGGCGGAGAACAUCGUCAGGGAGGCCGUGAGGAACGCCACGUCCAAGAACCCUGGCCUGGGCGCUGGGAUAAUUCGGAUGCACUUCCACGACUGCUUCGUCCAGGGUUGCGACGCUUCCGUCCUGCUCGACCCGACAGCGGCCAACCCGCAGCCGGAGAAGCUCAGCCCACCCAACUUCCCAAGCCUGCGUGGCUUCGAAGUGAUCGACGCUGCCAAGGAGGCGCUCGAGAAGGUUUGCCCCGGGAGGGUCUCCUGCGCCGACAUUAUCGCCUUUGCCGCCCGAGACGCUUCCUUCUUCCUCAGCCGUGCAAGGAUCAACUUUAGGAUGCCGGCAGGGCGCCUGGACGGGCGCGUGUCCCUCUCCAGUGAGGCGCUCGAUUUCCUUCCGCCACCGUUCUUCAACCUCUCGCAGCUCGUCGACAAUUUCAGGGCCAAGAACCUCGACGAGGAUGACCUCGUGGUGCUCUCCGGCGCGCACACCAUCGGCGUGUCCCACUGCUCGUCCUUCACCGACCGCCUCCCGCCGAACCCCUCGGACAUGAACCCGGCAUUCGCCACCCUGCUGCAGAGCAAGUGUCCGGUGAGUCCCAACUUCACGAACGACCCAACAGUGGUGCAGGACAUUGUGACGCCUAACCGGUUGGACACCCGAUACUACACCAAUGUGCUCAAGCGCAACGUGCUCUUCACCUCCGACGCGGCACUCUUGUCGUCCCGGCAGACAGCCAGGAAGGUGGUGGAGAACGCACUUAUCCCAAGGAGGUGGGAGAGCAAGUUCGCCAGGGCGAUGGUGAAGAUGGCGGCCAUCGAGCUCAAGACCGCUGCAAAUGGGGAGAUCAGGAAGAUGUGCAGGGUCGUCAACAACUAG